GAACAGCAGGCGGAUCCUCGGCUCUCUCUCUCUCUCUCUCUCUCUCUCUCACGCACACACACACACACACACACACACACACACACACACAUACACACUCCUCAGCGCCGGCCACACCGCGGGGCGUCCUCUCAGCCCAGGGCUGUGUGAAGUCCUCUCGCGUCCCCUCCCACCCCUCGACGAUGAUUUGCGGUAAAGAUGCGCCGGUCUGAAUUUCCCGGUGACCUUCGGAUCCUCUCAGCAGCACCGGAGCUCCGCGAGCAGCCGCCGCCGCCGCCGCCGCUUCAGGAGCGCCCCGGCUCCCGCCGCUGCCCCGCCGAGUGAAGCCCACCGCCCUCCUCCUCCUCCUCCUCCUCCUCCUCCUCCUCAGCUGGAUACCCAGGUGCCCGGACUGCCCUCCUCGCGCCGCCAGCCUCCCUGGUCUCCCCCGUCUAAUCCCCGCGGACCGAGGCAGAUGCCCGUCGCGCUGUCCGCCCGGCUUGUACUAUGGUGGAGUUUCCAUCUCUCAGCCCUUACUGGCCUCUCAUCCGCUUCCUGGUGCCUCUGGCGAUCACCAAUGUUGCCAUCGACCUCGGGGAACAGGCCCUCAACAGGGGCAUAGCCACAGUCAGAGAGGAUGCGGUGGAGAUGUUGGCCAGCUACGGCCUGGCGUACUCCCUAAUGAAGUUCUUCACGGGACCCAUGAGCGACUUCAAGAAUGUGGGUUUGGUGUUUGUCAACAGCAAGCGGGACCGCAGGAAGGCCGUGUUCUGCAUGGUCUCGGCCGGGGUCAUCGCGUUCAUCCUGCACAUCUUGAUAGCAUACACAGAUUUAGGAUACUACAUUAUUAAUAAGCUCCACUAUGUGGAUGAAUCUGUGGGACACAAGACCAGAAAGGCGUUCUUGUAUCUGGCGGCGUUCCCUCUGCUGGAUGCCAUGGCUUGGAUUCACGCAGGGAUACUUCUCAAGCACAAGUACAGCGUCAUAGUGGGCUCUGCCUCCAUCUCUGAUGUCGUGGCCCAGAUCGUGUUUGUGGCCAUUCUCCUGCACAGCAACCUGGAGUGCGUGGAGCCUUUACUCAUCCCAAUCCUUUCCCUGUACAUGGGUGCCUUGGUUCGGUUCAGCAUUGUUGGCUUGGGUUACUACUGUAACAUCCACGACAACAUCCCGGACUCCAGUGGGCCUGAUGUCGGGGGCGAUGCCACCAUCAAAAAGAUGCUGAGUUUCUGGUGGCCCCUGGCCCUCAUUCUGGCCACUCAGCGCAUCAGCCGACCCAUCGUCAACCUCUUUGUGUCUCGCGAUCUCAAGGGGACCAGUGAAGCCACAGAGGCCGUGGCCGUGCUCACGGCGACAUACCCCGUCGGUCACAUGCCCUACGGCUGGCUGACCGAACUGAGAGCCGUGUACCCCGCGUUCGACAAGAACAACCCCAGCAACAAGCUGAACAUGGGCAGCGCCCUCACCAAGUCGCACAUUAAAAAGUUUACAUUCUGCUGUCUGGCACUGUCGCUUACGCUGUGUUUCGUGGUGUUCUGGACUCCUCAUCUAUCAGAGAAGAUCCUGGUCGAUAUCAUCGGGGUGGAGAACGCGUUUGCCGAGCUGUGCAUGGUCCCACUGCGGAUCUUCUCCUUUUUCCCUCUGCCGGUGACGGUCCGGGCUCAUUUGACUGGAUGGCUCAUGACCCUGAAAAAGACCUUUGUGCUGGCCCCCAGCUCGGUUCUCCGCAUCAUUGUCCUCAUCACCAGUCUCGUUGUGCUGCCUUAUAUGGGAGUUCAUGGGGCCACGCUCGGGGUCGGAUCCCUCCUCGCUGGGUUCAUAGGGGAGUCAACAAUGGUCGCCAUAGCAGCCUGCUAUGUUUAUCGACAACAGAGGAACAGCGAGAUGUCCAACGAGUUGGUGGUGGAGGGCGAAGACUCCGCCCCCAUGAGCGAGGUGUGUCCCAGGACUCCCAUGGACGCCAUCGAGGAGCUUCAGGAGGAGGAGCAGGAGUGAGCUCCCUUUUAAAAAAAAAAAAAAAAACAACACAACAGCUGAACUCUCUGUGGAACUUUUUGCUGAAGAGGAGGCCGCCGGGGCGUCACGGUGCAGGACAGGAGAGAGAACCUGAGCAUGGUUUGAUUUCAGAGGCCUCCACGCCGACCCGCACGUCAUUAAAACGCACACUGUAAAGAAAGCCAUGCACCUCAGCGUUCAUUCAUCCGUGUACAGAACCGUCUUCCGCCCUUCCCGGACAGUUUGCAUCCUCGGCACCCGCAGGCGUUAUUAACCAUUCUCAUGCGUUUACCGGUAAUCAGUCGACACGGGAGAACUCUUCCUCCUCCGUGGCGAGGACGACGCGUCCGUCGAGUGGUAGUGGAGUUGCCAAAAUUACACGAUUUCAUGUUCUUUUAUCCAAUUUAAGCAGCAAGGCCUUGCUUGAAUUCAAAUAUAGACAUAUUGUGGGACUUGUUGGGUUGUGCAAUCGUAUUUUAAAUACAACAGUGUACAGAAUCUUGUUGUUUUAUAUAGGUGAAGCAUUGUGUAUAUUUAACUGCAGAGAGGGGUCGGGCAUCCCUCGUGGAACACGGCGUGUUACAGAGAAACAGUUCUGAUUGUUCACUUUCCAUGCAGUCUGGGAGUCCAUCCACUUCUGUUUGGCCAAACGUUUUCCUGGUAGUGUUCAGACUGUCGUACGUACUGUAUAUACUGUAUAGGCAUUCUUAUUUGGCAAAUAAAUUGCUUUAUUAUUAUU